CAAGCAGCUUUAUCCAAAGGAUAUAUUCAAACUCCUUCAAAUUUAGAAGCUAUUAAAAACUUUUUAAAAUAUAUGGCACAUGCAUUGAUAGUCCAAAAAUCAGAGAAAGAUAAUAAUAUUAAUGAAAAGGAUAAUGACGUUAAUUGGAAUUGGAACGAAAUCAAUUGGCCAGAAGUAGGAAGAAAAUUAUAUAUUAUCUAUAAAAUGAAUAAAGAGACAGGACCGUGUCAUUGGCCCAAAUAUGAUUUUAUUAAAGACGUGAUUGAUAUACCUAAUAAAGAAUUUGAUCCUUAUUUUGAUAACACAAAAAGAGGAAAUAUCUCUGAUGAACAACUUCAUGUGUAUUUUAAAAGUAAAAAAAAGAGAAUACGCAAAAAUUUUGAUACUAUUAUUUGCACAAAUGAUGAUAAAAUAAAACAUCAACUACGAUAUGCUACACUUCUAAAACCAUUAUUGAUUCCAUUAUGGCAUAGUCUUUCCAUUUCUCCUUUAGCACUCCGAUAUAUAGCUAAUUCUAUCUCGAACUUUUAUAAUUCAUUUACCGCAAAGACUUACGUCAUCUCUUCUGGAUCAAGGCACGGUCAUUCAGAUACUUUGGUUCUUGUUGGAAUUAUUAAAUCUGUCUUGGAAGAUUUAAAGAAGAAAGAGAGAUUUUAUUAA